AGCCGUUACAAUGUUGCUAUUUAGGUGGGUGAUGAUAGUGCUAUCAUUGUGGCUUAGUUGUAUCAUGUUCUAUUUCUAUGUCUGCUGUGGUAUUGUUUUAAGGUGCAUUAUAGUCAAGUCUAGAGUUAGCCCAGUGUGGCGUGGACAGAGCUGACUUGUUUGCCGACACUAGUUUCAUAGUUGCUGCAUGUCGAGGUCGUCAUGCAUCAUUUGGCGCCCACAAGCAGCCAGAUGGGGUUCCUACCAAGCAUGUAUACAUUCUCGGGCUCAGCAAGCCUGCCCGAAUCCGAUCUUAGAUCUCGGAGUACAUCUGGUCAUCUACCAAGUGGAGCCCUUUCAAACAACACUUGGGAGACGCGAUGCCUCAGGAAGCACAGGAGGAGAGUUGAUGAUGAAGGAUGUCACGCCAAAAGGAGGAGGUUAGCAGAGGAAACGGACAGUUCACACAUCAGCGCAUGUGUCGACUGGCCUCUUCCGAACAACGGACCGCCAAAAGACCACUGUGUUCCUCGGCAGCUUUGCCCAGGCUCUGGCAACCUGUCUCCAUUGCAUGCCUCUUCUCCGUCGCGAACCGAGACGGAGAGCACUUGCAUGGACAUCGAGGCGGCUCAGAGGACACUUCAGGAGAUUGAAAACCGAAUAACGCUGGAGGACGAUGACGAGGACCUUGAUGUGGAGCCGGACCAAAGAAGGCCGGUGUUGGUCAUCUCGGACAGUUUGAAGGAAGGCCUGCAGCGAGGCAUCAGCGACAUUCUUCCACACACCGUAGCCCAAUCUGUGAGCCAUUCCUGCAUGGAGCUGGUGCUGUGGCGGCCACCGGAAGACCCCUUUUGUCGCAGGUUAAAAGGCUCCUUACAGAAACAAAGGAAACAACAGAACGUUUUGCGACAGCCACCAACUCCUUGCCCUUCGCCCACCCCUCACAGCGCACCUGCCGACACGCACGGUCCUCUCCAGAACUUUCCAGACACAGAAAGAUGCGCUGUAGAGGACAUGGAGAUGUAGGAAGGUGGAACAUUGCGACUUGUUACUUUUGAAUUGUUGGCAGUAUGUUAUCUGCCGCUUUGGUCACUUGGUUCCAUGAAUGUAAUCCCUGACAAUUUGUUGUUGUGUUUGCUACAUUCACGCAGCCAGUGUUAGCGUAGAGAAAUAAAUUUGUAAGCAUUUGCCAAAGCCUGGUAAACUUUACUGUUUGUAGGUGGUUUUUCAUUGCUGAACAGUUGGCAGCCCCCAAUUUUUGUUCCCUUGGUACCACUGAAAAUCGGGACGUAACUCCUUAGUGUUCAUAAAUGCUUACUUGCAUGGCUUUGUUCAAAUACUUAUUGUUUUGAUUGAAGCAAGUUCCUGCUGGAGAUACCCUUUAAAUGAUUUGUGCUUUCCGACAUACUUCCAUCAGUAUUCCAAUGAGACAUGUUCACUCUUGUUUUCCAAUAAAAUAGUGCUGAAUCUUG